CUGUUAUUUAGUGACGAAUUUGAAAUACCCGAACUUCCAAAAGGCAAGGAGCUCAGAUUUAUACUGUUGAACUCAUGGGAUGAUCCAUAUAACAUUGGCUUGAAUACCAUUGAGAUCUUUACAGACAAUGGCAAACGGCCUAUUUUAAAAACUGUAAGGUUUUACCAAAAAAGAUUUACUGCCCUAACCUUUUCUAAAUUAAAAAAUUUACAGAAUUACGAUGAAUCUCGAGUUCAUGCCCUUCGAGGUGUACAUGAUCUUGCAAUAACACUGGAGGAUACAGUGAUCUUUCAAGGAGAAAUAACCUGCGCAUUUACUGCGGACAACGAUCUUCGGCCAAUGGGAGAUACUAUAUUGUUCACUACGGAUGAGGCAAUAUUAGAAAGAAUUGCUGAGAAUGAUGUUUGUCUUGUGGAUGAUGAUGUUGUGGCCUCAAGUAUGGACUUGCUGACAUCAGAUACGUUGCUAAAUGGCCGAAAUCUUACUCGAAACCGUGAAGAUAUGUGGUUGGUGCCUUACCGAAGCAAUAGUUCUUUGAAAAAAUAUGCUAAUUUAAAAAAUAUUUUAGGUGUCUGCAUCUGGAAUUACAACGCAUCAUUGGAGAUGUCUUACGCUGGAGUUCGACGUGUUCAGUUCUAUUUUGACGGCAAACCUCUGACGCAGGUUACGCAACUCAGAAAAGCACCAGGUUUUGUAUUCUUCGACUUUGUGCAAGAUGUCAUCUUUCAUCAAAGUUGCUUGUAUCGUCCGCCUUCAAGAUUUGAUUCCACAAUUAUUUCGGGAUUUAUAUACCAAGUCCGGUUAUUAUCAACAUGGGGCGAUGAAUUUUAUAUCGGUUUAAACGGCAUCGAAUUAUAUGACGAAAAUGAUCAACUGAUCAAACUGGGACCGAAUUUGGCAGUUUAUGAGGGAGCCUUUCACAUCGCUGCUUUUCCCGAAAGUGUGAAUAUUCUGCCAGGAGUGCAUGGAGAUCCAAGAACAAGCGAAAAUCUUAUUGACGGUAUUAACGAAACGACUUGUGCAUCACAUAUGUGGCUAACACCGGUGCUUCCAAAUCGCUGUGUUCGCGUCUUUGUGAUAUUUGAUUAUUCUAUAAAAAUUCUGAAAAUUAUUCUAUACAAUUACACAAAAACACCCGAACGAGGAGCAAGGCAUGUUUCGGUUUCUGUCGACGACCUUAUCGUUUUUAGUGGAGAAGUUCCACCUAGUACUCUGUCUUCAACUGGUAAACUAGUGAUCAUUUUGAAGGAGUAA